ACAGACACCUGGAUGAUCGCACUGAGUGCACAUACAUUACCGGCGUGACAGGACCCGGGGCCGCCAUGGGCUGCGAUGACCGGGAAGUUAGUGACGAGGAGCCGGAGAUAAGAGACCUAGAAGGACAGGGCAGGAUCGCUCCUCCAGAUAAAAAUGGCUGCCCACAGAAUCCCAUGUGGGACGGUGAGAAGCGCUGUGAGGUGUAUGCGGACACAGAUGACAGUCCCUUCUCUGGAGGUCCCGGGGGGGACACAUCACAAAACCGGACCUGCUGCCCCCGCCUGAUGGCGACGGACGAGGAGACUGGGAAAAAGAAAUGCACAUGUCCGGGUCUCGGCUUAUGCUUCACCGUUUUGUCUGCCUUGUUCUUCUCAUCCAGCAAUGUGCUUGUGAAGAAAAUCGAUGACAUGCAUUCUGUAGAAAUCAGUGCCAUCCGCUGUGUUUUUCAGAUGCUUUUUGUGCUUCCAGGUUUAAUUUAUUACAAGCUUGGAUUUUUAGGACCCAAGAAUCAAAGGAUUUUUCUAUUCCUAAGAGGUCUCCUUGGCUCCACUGCUAUGAUACUGCAGUAUUACGCUGUCCAGUCCAUGCCCUUGGCCGACGCCACGGUUAUCACAUUCAGCAGCCCGGCCUUCACUUGCAUAUUUGCCUGCAUAUUUCUCAAGGAGAAGUGUACAGUGUGGGACAUUGUGUUCAUGCUCUUCACCAUAACAGGAGUUGUUCUCAUAGCUCGGCCCCCGUUUUUGUUUGGGUCACAUGACAGCCUUGACGAAGAGUACUCCAACCACAUGAAAGGGACAAUUGCUGCGGUGGCCAGUGCCGUUGGUGCUUCCUUAACCAUUGUGGUGCUGAGAAAAAUGGGCAAGUCUGUGCACUACCUACUGUCCAUCUGGUACUAUGCCAUCAUUGGCCUCAUCGAGUGUGUCAUUGCCCUGUUUGUCAUUGGUGCAUGGAGUUUGCCUCAGUGUGGACUAGACAGAUGGCUUCUGGUAUUUAUAGGCAUCCUGGGCUUGGGAGGCCAAACCUUUUUGGUAAAAGCUUUACAAAUUGAGAAAGCUGGGCCAGUAUCUGUCAUGAGGACCAUGGAUGUGGUUUUUGCCUUUAUUUUCCAGACCCUUUUCCUUCACCGCACACCUUCAUGGCUGACAAUUGGUGGGGCUCUAUGCAUUGUCGCCGGCACAGCUGGGACUGUCAUAGUCAAGUGGUAUACAGGCUCAAAGGAAGUAAAGAAGAGUGAAUUAUAGAUCAUAGACUGGAAAGUUCCUGAAUGUGUAACGUAAUAAGGGACGAGAACGUCUGCAAAAAUCUCAAACACCAUCAUCCAAGAUGAAUCUGUAGAAAGAUGUAGCUACGUGGGCAUUCACAGCACAUAAUCCAGAGCUGUAUGAAGCUACAUCAUUGCAACCACAUAGUUGUAUAACCUGCAAUCAGGAAAGUGUAAUUGACUUUGAUAUGAGUCAUAUUUAUUCAUAAUAAUAGGUUUUCUAAGUGUUAUUUGCAGUCAGCCUGACCAUAGAUGUGAUGGUUCUGCUGACAGCUAUGUCCAGGGGUGUCCCCCCCCUAACAUUUACACUGAGCCUCGUCAAAUAAGCUGGGAGGAUGAGCUGUGGCCAAACUGCCUCUAUGGGAAUAAUGGGAUCAUACAGGAAAAAAUCCAACCUGUCAUCCUUUUUAAUUUCGGAAUGUUAUCAGCCCUUAUGAACAUUUAAGGGGUUUUACAGUAAUGAAAACAUAUCCCCUUUUCACAGGAUCAGCGUCUGAUUGGUGGGGAUCCAACCCCUGAGGCCCCCACCUAUCACAAGAAUGGGGGGCCAGAGUGCCCCUAUUUAAAUUAAUAUAUGGAUUAGUACAUAUAGUACUAUAUAGCUUCCUGGGCAAUUUUCUUGGCACCUUAUUUUGUUUUAUGUGGUGCACAUCCACAUAGAUUGAUACAUAGUAUAUGGAUUACCGAAUAUAACCGUUUCCUUUCGGCACUCCCAUAGACUUAAAGUAGAGUAGUAGCAGACAUACUCAACCACCACCUCCUUCAAAUAGUGACACUUGUUCUUGUGAUUAUUGAGGAUCCCAGUAGUCAGCCCCACUGAUCAGACAUAUUACUGUAGUUGGCAUUAUGUGAGAACCACUUUACAUACCAAUGGAAUCUUCUAGAUAUCCAAACAGAAAUGCAAAGCUUUGGUUUUCUCAUACGCCUCCUUAUUUAUUACUAGGAGAAACUUUAUUCAAUUUUUUUUUUUGCACUCAGAUGUUACAGUGUGCAAAAAAAUAAAUUCUAUUUUUAUUAGGGUAGCUCGGCCCCUCAUGAUAGUGUUUUAUAACCUGUCUUACUGAUAUGUAAUGAAACAGUUUAAGGGGAAAAAAAUUAAGGACAUCAUGAUUAAUAUUUUGAUAGUGUCCUGGCUUUUCUUUGAGAUGAGGUACAGGUAGGGGUUAUUCUUUUUUUUUUUAUUAUUCUUUUUUUUGUGUUUCAUUUCCAGUAAUUUAUAAUGUUUUGUUUGAUUUUUAACCUGUUUAAUUUAUAAUAUUUUAUUGUGAUGCACAUUUCACAGCCUUGGGGCCCAUUAGGCUAGGCUCAGUUUACUGUGUGACAAUUGAAGGUCUUUGAAUUGUGUGCAGAAAAUGUUUUCUCCUAACCUUAAUACUAUUUCUAGUUUGAAAGGCUUUUUAGAAAAUUUUGGAUGUAUAAAAUGUUUACCUUCAUAGUGCCCUCAUGUGUACAGGUUCUUCAGAAUUAAAGGGGUAUUUCUAGAUUCAAAAUUCUUUGUAAAAAUAUAAAUGAUACUCACCUACCCCCUGUCCACCGCAGACCAUGAUCCAGCAACAUCGGACCCCACACCUGCUCACGGUUUGUUACUACUUCUGAGAUGUAUCAGCAGGACCUAAUUGUGAGAGGCGACACCUCUGCAGCCAGUGAUUGGGUAAGCAGGCAGGUCCUGCUGAGACAUCAUCUCUGAAGUAGCAAUGAAUGGUGAGCAGCAGGGAAUCCGAAGUCGCUGGACCAGGAGUUGAGGUGGAGCAAGUUGGAGAGUAUCAUCAUUUUCUUUUUUUUGCUACCAGCCAGCCAAUAACCUUAAAAAAAUUGGAUCCUGAAAAUACCCCUUAAGUUCUGUUCAAAUCUUUUUUGCCUGUAAAGCUUUAACACCCUGAAAAACAUAUUAUUAUUUUUUUCCCACCAAAAUCUUCCUUUCUAUAGAAUUCUACUGUUUUCCUUUAUAGAAAACCAGGAGUACAUUUCUGUAUGUUUGUAUAUUUUUGGUAAACACGUAUAUACAAAUAUAUGAAAAAAACCUUGUGUUUAAAGAGGACCUGUGGACAACCUAAAUAGGUUGAGAUCUUUCUGUCAAAAAUAUAUUGUGGUGCUCUGAUCAAAGACCUUUCUUAUAGUUUCUUAAAGGGGUACUCCAGUGCUUAGACAUCUUAUCCCC